GUUCAUGUGGUGUUUAUGAUUUGAAUUGAAUACCUGUUUUUUUUCAUAUUUUAGGGUGCUGUUGUUUGGUGUCAUUUCAGUGGUUUUGGCUGGUGCUUAAAAGGUGAGAUAGGGAUAGAGAGCACUGAUUGUAAUUAAAAUGAGAAUUUUAUUUAAGACUUUUUAAUUUAAUUAAGACUUUUGGAACUGUGAUGUAAGACGGAGUUGUGUGAAUUGCUGGCUGUGCAUGAAAUCUAUCUGGAUGACUAAUGUUUACUUUGUUCAACCCACCCAAAAUCAAAUAAUUCAGACCAAAUACAUCACUCCUUAUCCGUUUCAUCAGGAAGUACGCAGCUUGUGCAUGGUCAUAUAAACUCUUAAACUUGUCUGUUACCUGUUUUUUGUUAAGUGCUACUUUACAGAUACACAACCCAGCCACACAGCCAUGCGUUUCCUGAUUUUCAUCACCUUCUCUACCCUGGCCUUGGUUGCCUUGUGUCAUGCUCAGUGCUUCUUCAAGGAGCUGGAAAUCACAGACAUCAAUAACCCGCCCAAGGGUUGCAAGGACGCUGACGGUGUGAUGCGGAAGUUCGGGGAUUCGUGGGUGAAGGACUGCAACGAGUGCUCUUGCUCUGCCGAGGGAAUCGGCUGCUGCAGCAAGAUUGGCGACAUGUUGGAGGCCCCCCCAGACUGUGAGGUUGUUAUCAACAAAGAACAGUGCACCGUGAAAAUGGUGAUGAAGGCAGAUAAAACUAAGGAAUGUGUGCCUGUCUAAACUGAACUGAAAUGAAAACAGUGGAGGGCAGUCUAUACCAUUUCACAGUCUACAUUUGGUUCUCUUCUAGUUAAUGUAAGAAUACUCAAUAAAGCAACAU